CUCCAAUUGGCUGUGGUGGCCCGGCCCGGUAUCCGGGUAAGAUGGCCGCAGUCGGAGAGUGCUCGCUCCCCGCUCCGUGGCGGCCGGUCUCCCUCACUCACGUCGAGUAUCCCGCAGGUGAUUUCUCUGGUCAGCUUUUAGCUUAUUUGAGUCUUGGUCCAAUAUUCAUUAUUGUUGGCUUUGUAACACUCAUCAUAUUCAAGAGAGAGCUUCACACGAUCUCUUUCUUGGGAGGGCUGGCUUUCAACGAGGGAGUGAACUGGUUAAUAAAAAAUGUUAUCCGGGAGCCACGGCCCUGUGAAGAAGCCCAUUCAACAGUGACCACAAAAUAUGGGAUGCCGUCCAGCCACUCCCAGUUCAUGUGGUUUUUCUCUGUCUAUUCAUUUCUGUUCCUUUAUUUAAGAAUGCACCAAACAAACAAUGCGAGGUUUCUGGAUUUACUAUGGCGACAUGUGCUGUCCAUCUGCCUCGUCACAGUGGCUUUGCUAGUCUCAUAUAGUAGGGUUUAUUUGCUUUACCACACCUGGAGCCAAGUCUUAUAUGGAGGUGUGGCAGGAAGCGUUAUGGCCAUAGCCUGGUUUGCCUUCACACAAGAGAUACUAACUCCUCUCUUCCCAAGGAUAGCUGCAUGGCCCAUUUCAGAGUUCUUUUUAAUCCGAGACACCAGCCUCAUUCCUAACAUCCUGUGGUUUGAAUAUACAGUCACAAGAGCAGAAGCAAGAAACAGACAGCGCAAGCUGGGUACGAAGCUCCAGUGACUCAGGAGGUGUGGGGACCAGAGUGUGCGUUUUAACAGAGACAGACAAGAGCAGAGACCUGGGAGCAGCGAGGAGCCUUUAAACAGACGGACCAAAGGAACAGGCAGGGACCAUACCCAAAACCUGAAAGCCUUUGCUCUGCUUUAGCAGCUAGCUGGAUGCUCCCUGAUGCAUGUGGGACCGUGCAGGAGUAGAAACUCAUUUUCAACACAGAUGCACAUUGCCGGUUGGAAUGUACCAUCAUGUCUACGUCAGGGGAAAGGGGUGAAAAUGCCUGGUGUCAUGUCUGGGGGAGGGAAAACCAAAAAUGAAUCAUUUCUGUGACUUUUUUUCUUUUUUUUUUUUCUUUUUUUUUUU